AGCUAGUUCGUAAAUUUUCCAACCUAAGUUCACUCCGCAGCUCUCUCUCUCCAUCCCCUUCACCGGAGAUUCCUCGCCGCACGUAACGCCGAUCUUCUCCUCCAUCCCACAACUAAGCCGGUUGUUCUUUUUUAGUUGCUAUGGCCGUGCAUGAAGACUCGAGAUCUUCGUCGGGGGGAAAACUAAACGACGGCGGCGAUGAUCUUUCCCUCCUCCAUGCCGAGAACCUGCAGAACAACAUGAAAUCAAUCUAUUACAGUCGUACCUUUUUGUCAAUCGUGGGCGGAGUUGUUGCUGGAAUUUGGGGUUUUACAGGCUUAACAGGUUUUGUGUUUUACUUGUUAAUCAUGGCAGUCACUUCUUUGGGACUUCUGGCUAAAGCUAAAUUCUCCAUCGGGAAUUACUUCAAUUCUUUGAAUAGUAUUGUACUCGACGGAUUUUUUGGCGGCCUCAUGUUAUGCUGCUCUUCUAUCUUCGGCCACAUUAACUCUAUUUUGUUAUGUAUUUGCAGUCGUACGUGCUAUUUUGGACAUUUGCGUAUGACAUUGUGCAUAUAUUCUGAGAAGGGAAGGAAGGCUCUAUAUCACUUCAAGGCAACAAGACAAAACAGAGCACAAUCAUCAUGUUUAUGAGUAUAAUGUUGAGUUUGAUGCCAAAUGGGCAAAAAGGUUAUGUUAUUGCCAGCCUCAUAUUACUCUUAUUUUAUAACUAUUUAUCUUUACGCAGUUUGGCGCAACUCAAUGUUUGAUUUGGCAUCUCUUCACGAGCACUUAUUUUAUACUUGAGCAGUCUUGCAGUCGUUUUUUCAUAAAUUCGUUUGUCCUUUUUUGUAAUUCAAAUAUUUUGAAAACCUUUUAAAUUCGCCACUGUUUGACUAUGUACAAUAGAGCUUUUGUGCGCGUGUUUCAUCAUUUUCGUAAAUGCCAACCUUUCCAGAUCAGGAUGUCUGGACUAUUCUCCAUCAA